CACUGGAAGGUGACGGACGUGCACAGACUGCUGCUGCCAUCACUCUGGACGGAAUGCAGGAGAGGCAGAAGGCCCGCCUGGCGGUGGCCGCCCGUGCGUGCACCGUGCUCUGCCUGGUCUCCUCCACAUCCGCCUUCUCGCAUGGCGCCAGCCCCUCUGCCUGUGCUGACAUGAUGCCCAGGCACCUGCGGGCUCAGCUGCACAGCCCCACGAACAACUACGUUACCGUCCACACCAACGUGUCCUUCUACGUCCCGGGAGACAAGGUCCCAGUGACAGUGAGGAGCAGCCGGGAUUUCAUGGGCUUUUUGCUUCAAGCUCGCAAAGUGUCUAAUGAUGAAACUGCUGGCACGUUUGUCUUCAUUCCUCCUGGCUCCAAGCUGCUGUCUUGCUUUGAAGAUGGUGAUACUGUCACCCACUCGGACAAGUCCCUGAAGAGAAACCUGUCCUUUGUAUGGAAAGCGCCAGACCAACCCAUUGGAGACAUCAAAUUUUUCAUCUCUGUAGUCCAGUCAUACUUUGUUUACUGGGCAAGGAUCGAAUCGGCCACCGUGGCUCAGCGAGGGCACAACGACACAUCUGCUGGUGGCAGCAGGAAGGCCAGCCCUGCAGCACCUGCACCCACGCAGGAACCUGCUGGCCCCCACGUAGCUGGCACAGCAAGCAAAGCUGCUGGUGAGAUCAGUCAUGGCUAUGAAGAACUCCCUGAAGAGAAGGCACAAAUGGGCAACCUAGGCAGCAGGCUUUGCUUCUUUACUCCCUGUCUGGGUUCCUAUUUAAAACCAGCUGCCUUAAAAAUGAAAUCACUGCUGUGGUCCUUACUAGUAAACGCUAGCACCAAGUGCGAUUUGAAAGAAACAAAGCAAAGAAGGUCGACUUCUGCUCCUCUCUUGCUUUUUGCUGUCUCUGCCUUGCUAGGCUCUGGCUCUUCCAUUGCCAUCCCCAGCUCCCUGCAGUACACCAGCCCAGCUCCGGUCAGUCUGGCCGGCAUCACGCCAACACCAGCACUGGAGUCAGGCAUUGGCAUCCACUCAGAUAUGCAGCCCACCGCUCAGCCAACACAGCUGUCCCAGAUCUUGUGGGGUGCCUCCAGCAGGAGUGGAGGGAGCAGCCCCACGAGCAGCUCAGGGCUGGAGCCAUCGCUUGCCUUCCAAGAGCCAGGCAUGGCCCACGCUCUGCAAAGUUUUCUCUUCCAGGACUACGCCUCCAGGCAGAGCCUCUCUGACAGAGCACAAAGUACUGCCAGCACUACCAACCCACACCUGUGUGUGACAUGUAAAGAAGACGGGCAGGCAAGUACUGAGAAUGGGACCACCCUGGAAACCUCCCUGCCGGCAGUGGCCUCUUGGUCUGCCCUACACAUACGCACUCACCCGAGUGAAGCCGCUGUGACAACAGCCUGGUUUGGCAACGAGGACACCAUCGGCAAUUUGUCAUUGGCCUGGAGGCAAAUGGCAGAAAGCAAACCACCCCGACGGUCAGAGGAGGGUGAGGAGGAAGAGGAGGUCAGUGAGGAGGUGGGUGGGCACACGCCGCCAUGGGUGACCGGAGCAGGUCCCAAACCUGCCAUCCCAGGGAGGGGGGACAACUCUCACAGAGGGACACGUCUGAUAGCAGCCCAACUCGGCAUCCUCCUCGUCUGCACGGCAGUGCUGGGGCUGGCCGCGGCAGCCGGCCUGCGCUACGUCUGCGCCCGGUACUGCCACAAGAGGACAGAAGUGUCCUUCAGCGAGCCAGGCAACAACGUCAUCGCUGUCAAAGAAAACGGGGAGAUGAUGCACUUCCGCAAGAUCCGGGAGAACAGCUUCGUGCUGGUUCAAGCUGAGUACAACUGGAUCAGCCCGUCAGGCAGCGGGAAAAGGAGGAUAAUGUAAACAUCGCAGUCCUUAGGGUAGUGCCGCAUAGCUGAGCCAGCCGCCCCUGUAGAUGAAGACGGCUGAGCUACAUGUAAUACAGACUCUAGAAGGCAGUGGUGUCUUUGCUGCCUAUAGGCAGGCAUACAGGUGUACAAACCCGAUGCAGCUAGCUCAGCUAGAUGUGUUAGUCAAAGUAUCCAAGCUACGGCUGCUAAGCGAACUAAAGUAACUGCUGUUCUGCGUGUUACACGUACCGCAAUUAAUAUUGUAUAUCUGCUCAUUAACUGCCAUUGCAACCAUUGCUCUGCCUCUAUUACCUUAAGGCUGUAGCAAAAAAAAAAUGGAAAUUCUU